CCUCGCAGACGGUCUCAGGACGCCGACAACACGCCUCAGCCCUGUGAUUUAUUUUCAACCUGAGCUGCUGGAAACUCUUCCUCGUUGGUAAUCUUAUCUGCUGAGCUGCGUUACGUUGCACAAAUGUCACAGUCAAAGCAAAAAGCCCCUUUUGUGCACCGGGGCACAAACAGCUGUGUCAAAGGUCACGCAGCCAGUAGGACGACUUCCCUUUUCCUGGUGUCACCUGCUGCUUCCUGCAUUCAUGUGUGUGGACUCUUGUCUCCACUGCAGCACCAUGGCCGCCUUCCAGCUUCUCGUCCCACUUCUCCUCAGCUGCGCAUCGGCGGUCACGCGGCCUCCCCACCACCUUCCAGCAUGCCGAGCAGUGCAGCUGGACGUGUUCUGCAGGAACCUGAGCCUGAGAAGCGUGCCCCUCCACCUUCCUCAAGGUGUCCAAACGUUGGACCUGUCACACAACCAGCUGCAAAACCUCACCCAGGAAGCCCUGGCACACCACACCAGCCUCCGGAGACUCAAUCUUCACUCAAACAAGAUCCACUUCAUCCAACCCAAACUCUUUGAAGACAUGACUGAUCUGAAAGUCCUGGACAUGUCCAGGAACCAUCUGAAUGUUUUUGCUCUCUCCAAAACCAACAUUGGACCUCUUACAGCUGUAGAGUCGCUUGAUCUGUCGACUAACGGCAUUCACGAGAGCAUGACAGACUAUUUCCUGUCCAAGUCACCGUCUCUUUCGAACCUUUCUCUGAGCAGCAACAGCAUCACCAAAAUCAGGCAAAACAUGUUCAGUGGUUCCUCAGCUUUGAGAAAAAUCAGCCUCCACAACAACGUGAUCUUGGAGAUCGAGAGCGGAGGUUUUGACUCCUUGUCCAACUUGACUGAGCUCGAUUUGUCCAAGAACUCCAUCUCCUGCAUCACAGACUUCAAUCUCCUUCAACUCAAAGUGCUAAACCUGAGCCAGAACAGUAUGGAGACCUUCCGCAGCUCCAUUUCAGACGAUGUGUAUGAGCUUCUCCAUCUGGACCUGAGCCAAAACAAAAUGCCUUAUUUUCCUCUGGUCCCUAAAAAAAAUAAGCUGGAAUAUCUGGAUGUUUCUCGAAACCAGCUUCAGACCACCAACAUUACGGGGAGUCGAGAGGAACUGGAAAACUUCAGGGACACGUUUUUGUCUCACACAUCAUUGGGAUUUAGCAACACGCACCAAGACCUUUCCAAACUCAAACACCUGGACAUGAGCUACAACCAACUGAAAAUCAUACCGCAGUCGUUUCUCUGCUGCAUGCCGUCGCUGCAGGUCCUCAACGUGAGCAACAACUGCGUGGGCUCGUUUUCCAUCAUCAAUGAAGGCCUCCUUCAGAUCGUGAAGAUCAUUGAUCUCAGCUACAACUCCCUGCAGACGCUGACAUUUGGGGAAAGCACUCUGCAGUCGCUGGAGCAGCUCUUCUUACAAGGAAAUGACCUCACCACCCUGGAGCAUCCAACAUUCCAAAGACUUCCAAAGAUUAAAUAUCUACAGCUUCAGCAGAACAGGCUGAAAAUCUGCACCCCAGACCAGGACCCUCCAGGCUGUGUCUCCUUUGGCUCGGUUUCAAACCUGCAGUAUCUGUACCUCUCUGAAAACCAUCUGAAGACGCUUCCUGCAAACGCUUUUUCAAACACUCCUCUGAGGUUACUGGACCUGUCCUUGAACCCGGGUUUGGAUAUGGACAGCCAUUCCCUUACUGGUCUUGAGUAUUCCCUGGUAGACUUCUUCCUGCAAGAAAACAAUAUUUCUAGACUGAAUGUGGACCUGUCCUCGCUGAGGAGUCUGAAAUUUGUGGACUUGUCCACAAACCAGUUGACAACCCUCCCGCAGUGGAACAAAGACUCGUCCAUCGAGUCCCUUAAUCUGCGACACAACAACCUUGUCACUUUGGAGUACAGCACCGUGUUGGCUCUGGAGCGCUCACUCAAAACGCUCUACAUGGGCUCCAAUCCCCUCAGUUGCUGUAGCAACCUUCGCUUCCUCCACAUGGUCCGGCGCUCGGCGGUGGUUGUUCCAGACAUUGAAACGGUGACUUGCGUCUACGUGGAUGAUUCGGAGCCGAUCAACAUUGAGCAGGUGACCCAGGACUCCUGCCGUACUGUGGACAUCUGGAGGCUUAACCUCAUUGUCGUCAUAGUGACGACGCUGGCGCUGAUCCUGGUGCUUGGACUGCUGGUGAAGUUAUGCCACUCAAGGAAACAAAAGCGAAACCGAAGUUUUAGCACCUGAUUGUUUUGUUUUUAGCUAAAAUGAAGGAAUGCCGCUCAAAGAUGAAGGAAUUUCAGUUUGCAACAUUGAAACUUCUGAUAUGAAGUUUUGAUGGUUUUUAGUUUAUACCCAGAAGACAAAAAUGUCUGAAUGUGAUUCGUUGAUGAGAUCAGGAACGUUUCUAGAAGCAUUGAUUUUGGGUUUCGUUGUGACUGAUUCGUCGAUGCUGUGACACGCGGCGGCCUUGUGUUCACUGCCCGUUUGCUGUCAGUGAUUGAACUAAACAACUCCUUUAGAUCAGAACGCCAUCAAUCCAGAUUUUACUGAAUGAAAUUUGAGCUACUCGGUUUUGACAUUGAAAUAUUUGUGAUAAUUUUGAAAUUGUGGCCAAGAAAAACAUAAAUCUGAAUCUAUCAAUCAGCAGAAGAAAAUCAGCUGUUUUCAUCAACUGACCUCAAAUCAUUGAUUUUUUUUAAAAAAAAGCAAAUUUGAUUUGCUCCAGAUUUUUUCUUUUUAAAUUAACCAGUUAUAAACAGUUUUACGGCAAACAUGAGAAAGUAACGAAAAGCACUUUAAAAUUGCUUAAGCAUGUUUCAAACUUAUUUUAAUUACUUUUUUAAAAUUAGUUUUAAGCAAUUGUAAACAGCAAAAGUGCUGAAUAAAGACUCAACUAAUCUUACUGGUUUAAAAUAAUUCUACAUUCAGGAUAUUAAAUUUUAAACCAAAUUUUGAACUGGAUUUAAGUAUCAAAGAGUAAAAUGUUGGCUAAAUUAGAAAGUAUUUAAAUCAUUUUCAAAAAAUAACUAUUUCCAUAUAAUUUUUUAUCUUGCUAAAAACAAAUAAUAAGGAAUUGUAAAACGUUUUACUGCUGUAAGACAUUUAACAAUAAUAAUAAUUUGUAGCUGCAUGUCGAGCUCCGAUCACUAAACAAACAAAACAAAUACAGUUAUUGUAAAAUUAAUUACAAAUGACAAACCAUCUGACACAGAAUGAACUUUGACCUUUGAGGGUCCUGGAGCUCCGCUGGUCUGAAUGUGGGCAGGGCCAUGGUGAAACAUGCAAGACGUUAAAGACCAAAACAAGAAAACCUAACAAAACGUACUUCUGUCGCUGAGUCCGAUUGUUCCUUUAAUGGUUAGUAGACGUUGUACAAACAAUAAAAUAGAAGGAAAAUAAAUAAUCCGCGAACAUAAAUGAACAAUUCAAAAGCAUGAAUCAGUAAUUACACUCAUUGGGAUCUGUAAAAAGUAAAUAAAUAAAUUUCAGGUUUUCUAAAGACAAUUUAGGACACUUCUGUUUUGUCUCUAAAAGUUGGACUCUUGGAGCCAGCAUCUAGUGGCCAUUAGAGGAUUUGCAGGUUGAGGCUUUCCAACCAAAUGCUCAAAUAUCAUAAUUUAAACAGAGAAAUCCAAAUUUAACCCAUUCAAAUCAAAAGCUAAUGAUGCUAAAUUUAACAAUGAAUCAUCGGUGAAGAUGAAGUGACUGGGAGUGAAACGUAGUGGGUGAAAUCUUUUUUACUUGUUAAAGCCCUUUUCACAUACGCAACAUGAAACGCACAGAAAAUGAUACAUUUCCAACAGGCAGCGAUGAUACUUAAAGGUGCUGUAAUUUAUUUAUUUUUUCUGCCGCUAAAUGUCACAAUAGCCUGAUUUUCAUAAUGUAAACAAAGAUUCCCUUCACAUCAAGUAGAAGGAAUGGCACCUGGAGCCUUUUAACAGGUCUAACAGCUCUCUCUGUGGGGAACGUCAGAUGUUUGUGGAUUCUUGUCUGAUCAUAUUUUUGCUCAGAUGCUUUUUUUUUUUUUUUUUUUUUUUUUUCAAAAUGUGAUUUUUAUGUCUGUUUCGGGAAAGUCAAUGCGAUCUGUUUAGCUGCAGGUAUACGGUGAGCAGUGAGUACUGUUGUUGUUUUUUUGUUUUUUUUAUGAACGUGAGGGCAGGACUCACAUGCACUAAAUGUGCAUGUGCAGCCACACUGGGAAUAUCAACAGAGGAUAGAAAAGCACAGAGGGAGUGUCGCUUCAUUCUCUCUGCAGGAUGCCAUUAAACCACAAAAUAUUUACAUAAAUAGUUGUUGGCUGCUAUAUUAAUUUGUAAAAUGUAAUUUAGGACAACUUUAAAACAAAGAGCCACAACUUUGAUCCAAAUGGAUCAAAGCGCAAAACUGAAAUGCAAUGUAUCACCCUUGUUCUUCUACUUUUAAAAUGCAUUAAAUUGUUUAAAUUUAAUUAAAUAGGAAUGAUCUUGUUUCAAACUUGCAGACCAGUCAGAUUAAAUUGGACAUGUUUCAAGUCUUUUUUUGUUUGUUUUUGCUAAAUGAUACUGCGGAGACAAACUGGUGUAAAAUGUCUGAGGGGGGCUUUAAAGUCUUAAAGCUAAAAUGAGAAUAAAAACUACAACAAAUUCAUGCUUUAUUAAUGAGGGUUUGAUUAUAUAACCACAAAUAUUUCAAAGUAAAUCUGAUGUGUUCUUUUAUGUAGUUUGCACUUUAAAGUUUAUCUUGUUUUUAUGAAUGUAUCUGACAAUAAACACUAAAAAAUAAGUUUGACAGCAGAGUGUAAUGUUAUAUAAUUUAUUUUUGUGCAUAUAAAACCUUUUUAUAGUUUUUAUUUAAUUGAUGUCAUGUUGUAAAGAUUUGUAUCGAUGAGAAAAGUUAUUCAUGUUUUCAUUUUUGUACAUAAAGUCUGAAUUUCUUUUGAUUUGUUGCCAUUAUUAAAAACACCUUUGAGUCCACAGUGUAAAAACUGUUUAAUAGGCUGUGAUUGAAGUGAAGAUGUUCACAAAUAAAUGAUUCAAUUGAUCAGAAAAUACUGAAACACCCGAAGGUUACUGAAAUCAAUAAUACGGAUAAGUGAUCGGUUUGUUCA